GUUUGGCAAUUGGUUGUUGGCUGUUGGCUGUUGGUUGUCGGCUAGUUUGAUUGGCUUAUUUGACUGGUUGUUUGUAUUGAUUUUUUUAUUAGCUAUUUGACUUUUUAUUAGUCUAAAAACAUAUUUGGUAAAAUUAAUUGUUGGAUGUUAUUAGUAACUUAGGUAACCAAAAGUCAAAAGCCAAAAACUACUCCAAGUAGUAUUUUUAUUUUGGCUUAAAAGCCAGCUUUUCAGUCAUUUACCAAACACAAAUUUUGGAUGUUUGACCAAAUAAAAAAGCCAAAAACCAAUCAAAAGCUAUUUACCAAACGAAUCUUUAAUUUUAGUUCAGUUCAGUUCCUAUUUUCCUUCUCCCAUAAAUAAUUUAGUGCACCUCAAUUCAGUCCAGCUUGGUUCAAUAAAAUCAGAAUAGGCCUUAAGCUCUGUUCUUUUCACCGUAAAGUAAUUAUAGAUGUCGACCAAAUUAGAACGAUUACCGCCUUUACCGGUAAUGGAGAGACUAGGAAAAAGCCCUAGAGUUUAGAGAGAGAAAAUAGAGAGAGAAAGAGUGUCCCCACAAGAGAGAGUGUCCCCGGUGGUGGACAAAUCUGCCACGCCAAUAAUGUUUAAAUGGGGGGACCUUCUUUUUGCAGAUCAGACAACUCUACCUUUCUCCUCCUCUUCUUCUUCUUCAUCUUCUUCUUCCUUCUCUCUCUUCACCAAAUCUUUCAGAACUCCCCAAAUAUAUCUUCUUCACCAUUAUCAUCUUCUUCCUUUCUCAUUCUCUAAUUAAUAAAUAUUUUCUUCUUUCUUUAAAAUUCCUAUGCAAAAUUAAAAUAAAAUAAUACUGAAAACUUUAUACUACUAUAUUGGGAAGGUAACAUUUAUUAUUAUGGCAUUAACUAGUCAAGAAUAUAUGCUGCUUUUCUAGAAAUAACCAUCCACUCUACUCCACUGCACUCCACAGCUCCACUGCACAGCACAGCACUGCACCCCCAAAUACCAAAAUCAGUUUUUUUAAGAGAGAGAAACUCAAGUUAGAGAGAGAAAAUUUAUCAAUCAUCAAAAGAAAGGAUUUGUUAUUUAUUGCAAAAUUGUACUUUGGAGUUUCACCAAACCCACUACGUUGGCUAUAAUGGAGAAGCUCCAAGGUCCCAUUAAUCCCUGUUUGAUUGCAGAAGAUAUGGAAGUGGGUAAUUGGUUAGAGGAAUUUAUAAGCAGUACAACAACAACAGCAGCAAGUAUGAAAUAUGAAGAUCCAUAUAAUUAUUAUUCUGAAGGAGGUGGUGCAAGUUAUUUUCCAAGUUUAGAAGAUAAGGUGCCAUUUUUACAAAUGCUUCAAACUGUUGAACAACAACAACAGCAGCAACAACAACCAUUAAUUCAUCAUUUUGAACCAACAAAUUUCCAGUUUCUCCUAAGACUACAACAUCAGCUAGUUGAGAGUUGUGUUACUACCAAUACCAAUCAUCAUUUCCAUAAUAAUCAUAAUCAUGGUAUUAAUGUUGGUGGUAAUGAUAGUAUUAGUAAUGAUGGUAUGAUUAUUAUGGACAUACAACACUCUCCUGGGGUGAAAUCUGAGACAACUGAAAUUGGAGAAAAAGUUGAGAAAUGUGAUGGUAGAUCUACUAAGAAAACACACUUCUUGAAAACAAGGACUACUGCACCGGCGCCGGUGAAGGAGAAGAGAAAGAGGAAGAGAGCGACGAGGCCGGCGAAGAACAAACAAGAGGUUGAGACUCAAAGAAUGACUCACAUUGCUGUUGAGCGCAACCGCCGUCGCCAAAUGAAUGAACAUCUUAAUGCCCUUCGUUCUCUCAUGCCUCCUUCCUAUGUUCAAAGGGGGGACCAAGCAUCAGUCAUAGGAGGAGCAAUAGAUUUUGUAAAGGAAUUGGAACAAAUGCUACAAUCUCUCCAAGCACAAAAGAAACUGAGGCAAAUUGAAGAAAACGGCGACGUUUCAGUCAGUCCAUCCUCUACAUCAUCCUCUUCUAAUUUGAACAAUCUAAGCAAUAAUAGUAACAUGUUCAUGGCAUCGCCUUCAUUCCAACCCCCGGAAGAAGGGAAAGGGAAAGGGAAAGGGAAAGAGAAUGGGAAUGGGAAUGGGAAUGGGAAUGGGGAGUCAGGAGAAGGAAGUCUAAGGAAAAGUAAUGAGGAAUUCAGUGCAGAAAAGAAGACAGGAAUAGCAGAAAUAGAAGUGGUUGUAAUUCAAAAUCAUGUCAACUUAAAAAUCAAAUGUCAAAGAAGACAAGGUCAACUCAUUAAAGCAAUUGUUGCAUUUGAAGAAUUAAGGCUCACUGUUCUUCAUCUCAACAUUACUUCUUUGCAUACUCUAGUACACUACUCUUUUAAUCUUAAGAUAGAAGAUGAUUGUAAACUAGGGACAGCAGAUGAUGUAGCCAGAGCAGUGCAUCAAAUAUUCAGCUUGAUCAGCCUCAGCUAAACUAAGUCAAGUGAUUUUUUUUUUUUUUACCCUUUUAGUGUGAUUAUUUUGGAAUAUAGUUAGUUUAGAUGAUUAGAUGAUAAACAAUUUGCAUCCAUGUUGUUAAGUAGUAAAUGAUGUUCUUUGUUUUUUUUUUUUUUGGGUUACCUUAUGAUUUAGGUUUAAAUGGAAAUACCAUUUUUUUUUCUUGUGAUAUUUAAUUAGAUAAAAUUUCUCUUAAUUUGUUGUAUAUAGUGUAGAUGGAUUAAGAGGGUCCCAUGUAAGAUUUGCUAAAA